AGCCGUUUCGGCUCACGGGUUCCUUUGGCAGUCUGGCCCAACACCGAAUCCAGGCCUCGCCGCGCUGGCGACCGAGCUGCCGAGCACCAUGGAGGUGCUCGGCGCCGGAGGCGCCGCGGGCGCCGCCGAGGGCGGCCAGGUGUGGAUCGAGAACCACCCGACGGAGGGCUGGACGCCUGGCAGGGUGGACUCCGUGGCCGCGAGCGGCUGCUACAUCGUGGUCGACGAGAGCGGCCAGCAGUUCGAGGUGCCUCAGGACAAGGCCCGGCCGGUGGACACGGCGUGCCUGCGCGGCGUCGACGACCUGCUGGCGCUGGGGGACUUCAACGAGGGCGGCCUGCUGCACAACGUGCGCGUGCGCUACUUCCGCGACGAGAUCUACACAGGCAUCGGGACCCCGAUAUUGAUCUCCAUGAACCCGUUCGCCAAGCUCCCAGGUCUGUAUUCGGAGGAGAAGCAGAGGACCUACAGGGACACCUCCGCUGCCGGAGGCGGCGACCUCGACCUGCCUCCGCACUUGUUUUCCGUGGGCGCGGCGUCCUACACCGCCAUGCUCACCGACGUGAGGAAUCAGUCCAUCAUCAUCUCCGGCGAGAGCGGGGCGGGCAAGACAGAGGCCACAAAGAGGAUACUUGCUUACUUCGCCAACCUUCAGGGCGUCCCGCCCGCCGGCGUGCAGAGCAUCGAGGACCAGGUGUUGAAGUCCAACCCAAUAUUGGAAGGCUUCGGCAACGCGAAGACGAUCCGUAAUGACAAUUCCUCCCGAUUCGGGAAAUACAUCGAUAUCCAGUUCGACACGGCCGGCAAGCUGAAGAGCGCACGUGUCUCCAGCUACUUGUUGGAGAAGAGCCGCAUUGUGAAGCAGCAGCCCGACGAGCGCGGAUAUCAUGCGUUCUACCAGCUCUGCGCUGGCACGACGGUCGGAUUCCACCAGGAGCUCAGUGCCGAGCUUGGUCUGCAGAGCUCGUCUGAUCAUCAGUACAUCUGCGGUACUACAGACAUUGCAGGGGUUGAUGACGCAGCAGAUUUUGCUGAGAUGGUGGAUUGCAUGAAGAGUUUAGGCUUCUCCGAUGACGAGCGCGACUCCGUGUUCAAGAUAGCCGCUUCCGUGCUUCACUUGGGAGACCUCGAGUUCCAGGAGCAGGACAACAGCAAUGACGGAAGCAGGAUAUGCGACAUGAGCAAGGCCUCACAGAUCUGUAGGUUGCUCCAAGUCGACGAGACGGAGUUUGCGAAGGUGUUUCAGUUCAGGACGUUGGAGGAUCCGUUCACACACAAAAUUAUUGACAUGCCGCAAAAGGAGCAGGAUGCAUCAAACACGCGGCACUCCAUGGCGAAGUGCCUCUAUUCGCGGCUGUUCGAGUGGUUGGUAUGGCGUAUCAACGAGAGCACCAAGGCGAAGGAGGUGAGCAAAGCUCAGGAUUGCAAGAAGAUUGGCAUCCUCGAUAUAUACGGCUUCGAAGUGUUCGAUUGGAAUUCAUUCGAGCAGUUAUGCAUCAAUUUCGCGAAUGAAAAGUUGCAGCAGCAUUUCAACUCGCAUAUGUUUACAAUGGAACAACAACUCUACAGUGAGGAGGGCAUCUCCUGGUCGCAUAUCGAGUGGCAGGAUAAUCGGGAAAUCAUAGAUACAUUGGAGAAGAAGCCAGUUGGCUUGUUUCCUAUUCUGGAUUCUGAGUGUUUGAUGCCAAAUGGGAACGACACCAAUUGCCUUGGCAAAAUCUGGAACACAUUCAAGUCCAACAAGGUGGUGUACAAGCCGAGUAGGUUCGGCGACACGAGGUUCGCAAUCGCGCACUACGCCGGCGAGGUGAUAUACGACAUUGUUGGCUUUCUCGAGAAGAACAUCGACAAGUUGCACAAUGACAUCAUCAAUCUUGGAAGGUCCUCGAGCAUGCCGCUCCUCAAGGCGCUCUUCUCGGACCCCAGGUUCGCCCUGGAGCUGGCGCCCCCGCCCGCGGCCGCGGGCCGCUGCCCCACGCCUCGCGGCGCCACGCCGGUGCGCGGCGCCACGACGCCGCGCAGCACCACCCCGACCAGGGGGGGCGCCGCCGCCGGCGCUGGGGCCCGGGCCAAGCAGAACGUGACGGUGUCGAUGAUGUUCAGGCUUCAGCUGGACCAGCUUGUCGACGACCUCAACCAGACGAACCCGCGCUACAUCCGCUGCAUCAAGCCGAACGCGAACAAGGCACCGCACGAGUUCGAUUCGGUCGACGUUCAGCGGCAGCUGCGCUGCGCCGGCAUGCUGGAGUCGAUCAGGAUCCGGCGGGCAGGCUACUCCGUGAGGCGGCCGUUCAAAGACUUCUACAACCGGUUCCGGCUUCUCUGCCCUGGGGUCACGCCAGCGAGCAAGGCAAACCCUGAUUUCAAGGACCUCUCUCAGCAACUCCUGAGCAAGCUGGAGGCCAGAUGGGCGAAGGAGGGCCAGCCGAUGGCCGAGAAGAGCUGGCAGGUCGGCAGGAGCAAGGUCUUCAUGAAGGAGGCGCUGCAGGAAAUGCUCGAGAGAGGCAUGAGCACCGCCCUUCACGUGUACGUCGUACGACUGCAGACGAGAUGGCGGGCCUGCAGGGCGCGAAGGCUCUUCCUGAAGACCCGUGCGUCGGCCGCCGUGCUGCAGGCCGGCCUGCGCACGAUUCGGGCGGCGACCGCCUUCCAACUCAGGAGGCGGCGAUUGCGGUGCGCGGCGGUGGCGCUUCAGCGGCGGUUCCGCGGCUGGAGCUGCCGCCGGAAAUUCGGGAGGCUGAAGGGCGAGAUGGCGGCGGAGCGUAUUCAGAGGAUCCGGGAGGAGGAGGAGCAGAGGGAGGAGCUCGCGGCCGCGAAGAGGGCCGCGGAGGAGCGGCGGCGCGCCGAGGAGGAGGCACAGGCGAGGCUCGAGCGGGAGCGGGCGGAGGAGCUCGCGCGGCAGGCCGCGCUCGAGAAGGAGCGGGAGGCCGAGCGGCAGCGUCGCCUGGAGGAGGAGCUGGCGUCGCUCCGAGCCGAGAACGCGGCCCUCCGCAGGAGGGCCGCGGAGCCGCAGGCCGACCCGGCCGAGCUGGCGGCGGCGAGGGCCGAGGGCGAGGAGCUGCGCGGGCAGCUGCAGCGCGCGCGGUCGCAGGUCGGCGCCCUGGAGGCGGGCGAGGAGGCGCUGCGCGCCGAGUUGCGUGAGCUGCGGGACGGCAGGCUGCGCCUGGAGGAGGAGGCCAGGGACGCCAGGGAGGCGCUGGAGUCCGAGAGGGCCGCGGGGGGCGCCAGCGCGUCUGCGGAGCUGUCGCUGCAGCGGGCGAAGGCGCAGACACUGGAGCUGGAGCUGGAGGCCUCCAGGAGGCACGCGGAGCGCUUGCAGGAGCAGAUCGUGGAGAUGGCCAAGAGCGAGGGCGCCUCCCGCUCCGAGGGCCUCGACGACAUCCGCAGGGAGCUGUCGAAGAUAAGCUCGAUGCGCGGACCCCCGCCCGAGGCGGCCGCUGGCGAUGACAGGCCCCGCGGCGCGGGUGCUGCGGAGCCUCUUCGCACCAUAGAGGCUCUUCGCACCAUGGAGGGCGACGGUCUGCGCAUGUCUCUCCACCCGGGCGGUCGGAAGUCGCUGAUGGACCAGAGGCUCAUCUUCGAGAGCCUCCGGGAGCAGUUCCAGGAGGCCGUGACGCCCAGGGGCGAGCGGCCCCCGCCGCCGGUCGCCCUGGCCCUCGGCACGACGGGGCUGAAGGUCUCGGACGAGGUCCUCGAGCUUCGCAGGACCAACACGGACCUCAGCGCGCGGGUGGAGUGCUUGGAGCGUGAGCUGCGGGAGGGGGCCGAGGAGGCCUCGCGGAUGCUGCAGAGCAACGGCGAGCUCCGGGCCGAGCUCCAGGGCCUGCGCUCCCGCCUCGAGCCGGCGCAGGACCACCAGGCGCGCCUCGCGCGGGCGGAGGAGCAGUGCGAGGCCCUGAGGCGCAGCGUCGAGCAGCACCAGCGGGCCGCGCAGAGCGCUGAGCGGUCGAGGGCGGAGGGCGACCGCAUCGCCAAGGGCGUGGAGUCCGAGAACAAGCGCCUUCGGGAGGAGCUCAACGAGGUGACAGGCAGGCUGAGGAGUACGAGAGACGUUGUCAACAGGUUGACGAUCAGAGGGUUCAAACAGGUUGACAAAGAUUCAGCGGGAGAACGACCCGGACGAAUUGACGGCGGAUGCGGAAAGAUGGAAGCAGCAGGCCGAGUAUUUCGAGAGGGAGUUCAAGCGGUCGAAGCAGCUGAACAUGGACAUGUCGAGCGUGUUGGAAAAGAUGCCAGAAGCUUGGAUGAGUUUGGUUCAACAUUCUGACAAUUAGCACUGCUCUAGCACUGCUUCAAAAGUGUUUAUCUGAUCCGUAUCUGUAUCGUCGUUAUGCCUCUCGUGCUUCUCACUCCGAUGCAAAUUUGCGAAACCCUCUUCGAGGCGCUGUCUUAUAUCUUAUCGUCCCUCCUCCUCCUC